AUGGCACCCUCUAUUGCCGAAGCUACCACUGCAGAAAUCGUCGUUCCUGUCAAGACCGCUGCUGGAAAGACCGAUGGCAAAGCCAGAGUGAGGAAGAUCAUUGAAGAGGAAGGAGAAAACACCACUGCUAGUUAUCCCCACUAUUUACCAGUCUUUGACUAUGGCGAGAAAUACCCCCCUCUGGAACCGUUUACCCAUGUCGACCAUGGAAAAGACGCCGAUCCCAGUUUCAUAGAUCUUUUGCCCGAAGGAUCCAAGAUCCAAAAGUUGACCCCAAGUAUUGGGUCCGAAGUCACAGGCGUUCAGCUCAGCAAGCUCAGCCCCGCUGGGAAGGACCAGCUCGCCCUACUCGUCGCCCAGCGUAAGGUUGUCGCCUUCAGAGACCAAGACUUGGCCGACUUGCCUAUCCAAGAAGCCCUUGACUUCGGUGGUUACUUUGGUCGCCAUCAUAUCCACCCGACUAGCGGGGCCCCAGACGGAUAUCCGGAGCUUCACCUGGUUCACCGGAACAAGAGCCAGGGGGAGUUCGAUAAAUAUCACGCAACAACGAACAGCACUGUCGGAUGGCACUCCGAUGUCACAUAUGAGCAGCAGCCACCGGGCACGACGUUCUUGUAUGUCCUCGACACUCCCGAAGUAGGUGGAGAUACUGUAUUCGCCAAUCAAGUCGAGGCCUAUAAUCGGCUUUCGCCGGCAUUCAAGGAGAGACUCCAUGGUCUCAAGGCUCUUCAUUCUGGCGUAGAGCAGGCUGAGUUUAGCCUACAUCUUGGUGGGGUUAAUAAACGUGAACCAGUGCAGACUGAGCAUCCUCUUGUUCGAACCCAUCCCGUGACGGGCGAAAAAGCACUUUUCGUCAAUUCGGUCUUUACUCGCAGUAUCGUCGGGCUGAAGAAGGAGGAGAGCGAUGCGCUCCUAGGCUUCCUGAUUGCUCAUAUCGCGCGCGGCAUUGACUUCCAUGCUCGUGUUCGAUGGGCCCCCAAGACAGUUGUUAUUUGGGAUAACCGUGUCACUGCGCACUCUGCUCUUGUGGAUUGGACAACUGGUGAGCGUCGCCACUUGGCACGCAUCACUCCACAAGCCGAGCGCCCUUUCGAAACUCCUUAUGUACCAGAAGCAUGA